UUCAUUUCUCUCUCCCUCCUCGUCAAUUACACAUUAUCCAACUAAAAAGAAAAAGCUAGGGUUUUCUACUCGCUACCCUAAGCCUCAAAAAAUUCAGAAUUAAAACUAGUUAACAACUUAGGCUUACGAGGAUUGGAUUUUCCUCUGUGAAAUUUAUGUGAGUUGUGGAAAAGUUUGCAACUUUUUUGUUUAAUUUAUGAUUGGGGAAGCGAUGGCGGAGGAGUACGAGAGCGAUCCGGAUGAGGCAAAGCUUUCGUUGAAGUUGCGGAGAAGGGAGGCGAGCGACGAUGAAGAGGAGGCGGAGAUAGGGGAAGGGGAAGAGCGUGGAGGGAAAUCGAGACGGAGUGUGGAGUCCGAUUUGGAAUCGGAUGGCAAAGGUGGGGCUGCGGAUUACGAGGAUGAACUAGAGGAGGAAGAAGGGCAGGAAUAUUACGAGGAGGAUGAGUAUGCGGAUGAGGAAAUUGAAGAGGAAGAAGAGGAGGUGGAGUAUGAAGAGCGCGGUGGCGGUGGUGGAGAGUCAGCGGAAAUUAAAGGAGGGGUUGAGGGAGAUAUAAAAGAGGAGGAGAGGCACGUGAAGAAUGAUGCAGAUGAGAUCAGGAAUGAUAAUAAUAUUAAUGAUGGUCAGGAGGAGGAGGAGGAGAAGAAGAAGGUGAUUGAGCCAUAUGCAGUGCCCACUGCUGGGGCAUUUUACAUGCACGACGAUAGGUUCCGGGACAAUGCAGGUGGGCGAAACAGGCGAAUUCUUGGUGGGAGAAAGUUAUGGGAGUCUAAAGAUACUUGGAAAUGGGGGCAUGAUAAAUUUGAGGAGCUGACAAUGCAGGAAAGGCAUCAUGAAGAACGCAGGACGACUUCUAGGGGUCCUCACCGAGGUCGCGCUAGAAAUAGAAAUACAGACCUUGGAUAUGCACAAGAUCAAAGGCCCAAAGCAUACAAUAAUAACAAUCAGAAUAGUGAUAACGAUCAAAGCUUUGCUCCGAAGGGUGUGAGGGGCCGAGGACCUCGGAGGUAUCAGCCAACUUUUAGGAACAACAAAGAGGGACCUCGUGCACGAAAUAAACAAUCAGGGAGAUCAAUUGAAAAACCUUCACAUGUUAGCUCUGGGAGAACUGGUGCACCUGUGUCAAAAGUAGAACCUGAUGCCAAUCAACCUAGGAUACAAGCGUUUGCGUCAAAUUUGAGCAUUACUUCUCCUCCAUUUUAUCCCUCUGGUUCUUCCAUAAAAGAGACCAUUUCCUCACAGAGAAGGGAUCUCCAAACUGGAACUAGUCGGAAUGUUCAAUCAUCUGCCACUAGUGAGAGUUUACCGAUUGCACAAUCCGCCACAAUGUUGCUGGGAAAUAUAGUGGAUUCUAUGGACAUGAAUAAGCUUUACAUUGAUGGUUCACUUUCUACAGUGGCUGGGAAGCCUUCUGACACCCUGCAAGUGCUGCCGUCUUCUUCUUCUACUUCUUCGAAUAACGCUACUCAACCUCUACCUCUGCGGAAUCAAGGGAGAGGGGCAAAUUCCUCGGCACAAAUGGCCUAUAAACCAGUUGUCUCUAAUAAUCAAGUCAACAGGGGUUCUCCACCAACCCAGCUACAAGCUGUUCAGAGAAAUCCUGUUCAAAGUCGGGCUCAAUCUUCUUUCCAUUCUUCUGGUCAGCAGUUUGUACAGCGUUUUGGUGGUGGAUCGCAAACUUCUCCACCAAAAACAGUAGCAAUAAAUUCAUUUGAACCUGUAGAGCUGGAAUCUUCUUCAGACUCGAGUAAAUCCAAGGCUGCAUUGGUUGCUAUAGGAAAAGGCAGUGUUCAAGGUGGCGGUAGGGGCUCCUUUCUAUAUAGUGGAGCUAAAGUUAUGGGAGCCCCUGGAAAUGUGGGCAGUAGUAAUGGUGAUCAAAAUUUCCCAGCUUUCUUGCCAGUUAUGCAAUUUGGAGGCCGGCAUCCUGGUGGCAUUGGAGUUCCUGCUGUUGGCAUGGCGUUCCCUGGAUAUGUAGCUCAACCACAACUUGGUGUAGGGAAUUCUGAAAUGACUUGGUUACCGGUUCUAGCUGGUGCUGCUGGAGCUCUAGGGACAACAUUUGGUUCACCAUAUCUCUCUCUUGAUGGUUCCUAUAAUGCUCGCCCACCUGGGCAGACAUCCUCUGUAACAGCUGCCUCAAGCAAAGAAAGCAAUGCAACUAAAGUUGAUAAUGAUGGGAAGCCCUCACAUGGGCCUGAGCUUACAAAUGAUGACUUUGGACAGUGGCAGAAGAAUCCUCGCAGAUAUACGGAGAUGAGAUUUGACCAGUGAAAUAAUUAGUUAGGUGAAACCUGCUUGGAUAAGCCAAUUAAGCCAAAUUUAGCAGUCAAAAUCCCUUCCAUCUGUUGGGUGUUGCAGAGUUUCUUAGUGCUUUUGGUGCUGCAGGCUUUCCUCCAAGCCCUUUGUGUUGUCCAGUUUUGAUCUGGAGCACUUUGGGCCGCAUAUAUUGAGAUAACUUAGGUAAUGGUAAUUUCUUGCUUGGGGUUUUUUAGAUUUAUCUAUAUAAUAAGAAAUCUCUAUGCACAUUUCCCCCUGUCCAGUGGUAUAGGAUCCUUAGUGUAGUUUUACUUUCUUUUAUUCACUGAUCUUAAUAGCUUCAGGGCUAUUUUUGAGUCCCAGCUGCGCAACCGUCCCUUCUGAAUUAUGUAUGUAAAAUGAUAAUGUUGAAGAAUAACAAAUGGCCAAGCUAAUCUAGUUGUACAAACUGAUAUUUUACAAAUCAUUCUGUUGUUUGUUCACUUUAUUGUCUGUUUUUGGUACUUAGUUCUUGUGAAAUUGGAAGGUAAACUGUUGGUCCAAGUGAUAUCAUCGCAUUUCAAUUUCUGUGAUGGGAAUGCAUUUGAAUAAUGGGACUUUUUUUAUUGAAGUGGAAAUGAAAAAAUCAAACAGUUUAUUAUGAUGUUGAAA